GACGGUGACGUUUGUUGAGGGUGAUCGGCAAGUAAGGCAAAAGAAGGAGAGAGAAGAGAGCGAAAGAGGGAGAGGGGGGAGUGGGUGCCAAAAAAAAGGGAGAGGAAGAGAGCGGCAGUGGCAUGGCUGGAAUUUGGAUAGUUUAACGGAAAAUCGGGGGAGGCGAUCGCAACAGCCGGAAAAAGCAAUUGGUGGUUGGGAGAGGUCUGGUAGAUGCGGAGCAUGUACCAUGAAGCGCAGGAUAUGGCGUCGUCUUGCGGCGACAUGGCCACGCCGAACUUGUUCUGCACGUUCUGCUGCUGCAGAUCAUUCCAUCAUUUUGCCAUCUUCUCUCAGAGGACAAGGUUGCUGUGGUCACCCUGCUCCUCCCUCCUCCCAACAAUCAAGAAUGUUCUGCCGAUCGGCGGUGACUUGUCGACAGGAUGAUGGUAUGACAACGGCUCGAGGUCUGCUGUUGUAUAACAGGGCCAUGGCGUCUAAUAAUAACACUCGUGUCCUCAAGGUGUUUCCAUGCAGUAGCGUCAAUCAUUUCUGCUCUUCUUCCGAUCCGCGACGUUCUGAGGCUCAGGCAGGGACGGGUGAUAUCUCCGCUUAUGUUGGUGGUGAUAAUGGCGAAGGUGGAAUACCUGCGGGCAAGGUGAAUGUGGGGAAGGCUGGUGAUCAUGGUGGCAGUGGAGAGUGGAAGAUUGUCGCAAGGCCAGUUAUAGAGACAAUACUGCGAAGAUACGGGCAGCAAGUCACGGCAAACCGAGUUAUGAUUGUUCACGGACCCCGAGGGGUGGGAAAGCGCACGAUUGCAGAAAGGGUGCUGGUCAACUGGGAGAAGGGCAACGAGCAUGCAAUAGCUUACAUAGACCUUCUUGCUGCGCCUAGCACUGGAUAUGGUGGCAGAUUGUCGAGGAAUAGGAGGCUGUCAAGCGGCAUGUCGCCAUGGAUGCUGUGCUCAGAUGAGUCAGAACGACCCACACAUGUGCCUGCCGGUGCUGACGCGGAUGACAGUAUGAGUGAAGGAGAAUGUCCGCGUCACCAGCUAUUGACUACGACAGAGGUGGCGCCCACCACGGUAAGCACUUUGACAUCACAUGAUCCUUCGAAAAAGGUCGGAAUGCCCCGUCAAUUUGGAAGCAGUACAUUGCCGUUGAAUGAUAGUAUCGCUGCAUGGGCUGGAGAUGUGGAAGAGGAAGAAGGCGAUGCCCCUGCUAUAAGAGGUCAGCAAGAAGUGAUCAUUGGCGGCCAAGGCCGGGGUGCCCUUCUUUGUGCAGACCUGGAUGCAGCGGACGACUUGCACGGCGUGGAAUUCUUCAAGGCGGUCCUUGAAUCGAAACUCGAGGAGCUUGCAAGGAGAGCCGUUGAUUUGCGGCUGAUCGCUGCUGAGACUGUGCUCUGCGCUUUGCUCGAAUUGCAUUCUGUCGAUGGAGCACUGCAGCGAAUCUUAAGGUCUGUCCAGCCGCAGAACAACGGAUGCAACGCGGAGCGAAGCGGUUUUAGUGGUGCAGACUCAGCGAGUCGUACACACACUGAAGGCGGCAAUCAUUCAGCGACAAGCUCCAUCACAAGAAGUGCUACGGAAGAUUUGUGGGACGAGGCACUCUGGUUGCUUCACAAGUCAAGGCAUCACCAUCACAAUGAUCGACGGGAGCAGGAGUGGAGUUUGCUGAGCGGUAGCAAUGGGUCGGUGGCGACUGCGAGAGGGAGGAAUCAUCCUCCUUGCGGCCAUAUUCCUGUGAAUGCCGACGCUUUGGGUGCGAACAAGUAUGUGCCUGCACUUGGUAAAAACAAGAACAGAAGCUCCGAAGACCCUGAACUAGCGUGGACGGCAGUUGCGCUGGCAAAACAAGUGCUUUGUAUACAGCAGGAGUGGAGGCUGAGGAGCAAACUAUCAGGUGGUGGCUUUGAACAGAAGACGUCAUGGGACUUGAGCUCGGGACCAGUUGCUGAUGCGUUGACUUCAUGGUCAACCCUGUUGAUCAAUCUUUUGUCUGGAGCAGCGGCACAAGGAAAAUUUCAGCCAAAGCUCAUGAUUAAUGGGAUCGACGAGCUCAGAAGAGCAAAGGAGUCAUCCUCGUGUGCAUGCAGUGGUGCUGCAUUUCAUGACAUGCUCGUCAUGCGCGUGCUCGAUCAAGCAGUAAAGAAAGGCUGUAUGCCUAUUAUCCUGCUAUCUUCUGACAGCUACUAUUCGGCUGAUGCCGCUCGCGAUUUUGGGAGUGUGGACUUCUUUGAGAGCCUUGAGGUCUUUGCAUGGACUCCUGCAGAAGCGGCAGUGCAUUUCUGUGGUCCCCACCUAUUCUCUGAAACGCAGUGGCGCACAAUUGUCGACGCUCUCGGUGCCCAUCCGCGACAUCUUUCAGAAUUGUACUCAAUGUGGCAGCAAUCACACCUGCGGAAUGCAGAGCUGGGUAUCGAGCACUGUUUAGAAGAGUACCUGUUCUUCUUACAAGUGGUUGUUGUGGAUAAAGCAAUGGAUAAGGCACUGGACCUCCUUCAAUCAUUUGCAAAAGAUGCGGCAACGCGUCCUAAGCCGAUGCUGGCGGGAGUUGCAUGGAAGCGUCUUCCCGACACAAAUGAUAGCGAGGUGCGGAGGGCUUGGGCUCGGCUACAGAUGAUGGAUUUCAUUACUUCGCUCGCAGGAGCAGAGUUCGGGGUAAGCUAUCGGGAUGACGAUGCUGUUGAGUUUCUACAGGACCCAGCUGCGCGAGCACUACUUCAGAGCGCUAGGUCAUCCCGAGCGGUUGCAGGGGUUAAUCAGGCCCUUAUUGGGGUAGGCAAGGGUUGACUCAAUGUAGUGUCUGUCUGUAUGGGUGUGGGUGGGGGGAUGGGGAGGUGGGCAUGUCUGUGUGUGGUGCAUAUGUGCUUCCGUGGGUGCAUGUGUGUGUGUGUGUGUGUGUGUGUAUGUGCUUGACAUCCUUCUUCAUGCUGUCUCUGUGUGCAGGGUUGUGUGGGCAUGUAUUGCUCUGUGUGUGUGUGUGUGUGUGUGUGUGUGUGUGUGUGUGUGUGUGUGUGUGUGUGCAGUGCAUGUGUGUCCCUGUGUGUGUGUAUGUGCUUAACGUGCUUGUUCAUGCCGUCGCUGUAUGCCAGGGUGUGUGGGCAUGUAUUGCUCUGUGUGUGUGUUUGUGCUGCGUGUGUGCGUCCUCCUGUGUGUGUGUGUGUGUGUGUGUGUGUGUGUGUGUGUGCUUGCUUCUUCAUACUGUCUCUGUAUGAUGGGGUGUGUGGACAUGUAGUGCUGAUGAAUGUCAAAUUCUUCUUAAUUAACAUCUUCACAACUAGCAAUUCACAAUUUAGAG